GGCGGAAUUGGAUGGAGGGGGUGGGGGCAGGCAGAGUAAAACCCGGCGGGAGCAGCAGGAGGCUCGGCCAGAGGCGUAGGGAGGUUGGAGGCUUCACUCAUUGAGGCAGCCGCAUCUUCACAGCUGACGGGCGACGACUCGCCUCCGUCGGACUGGCCGCUGGAAGCAGCCGCUGUUUCCGUUAUUAAUUGGGAACUUUUUUUCUCUCCUGCCACGUGUUGAACUUAUGGCACGCUUCCUUGACGGGGGAUGGCAUUGAAAUCUGACGGAACGGCGACUCUACCGACUAUAUCUGCUGCAGAAGGAUCUUUAUAACAUCUUACCGUUCAGUUUGCCAAAAAAAAAGCUACUUGACGCCUAACUUUUGGGAAGGGGGAGUGGGAGGCUUUUUUUUCCCCCUGAAACAUUUAAAAGACUGAGGAAAUUAAACAUUAUGAUAUCCCGAAGAUUGUAAAAGCGCCAUGUCUAACCCCACAGAACAGAAAGAAGUUGGCCUGGUUUACCAUGUGAAUGGAAGCGCCUACCCCGUUGAUGCUGGCUCUGACGACUUUGCAAUCUCCAUCACCCCCAGUUCAUCCAAGGAGCUGGUGGAGACGGAGAGUUCAGAAUAUUUAACGGAGGAGAGGGAGCAAAUUGAAAGGACGGAGACUGUUGUGAGAGACUCCCGUGCCAAUGCCAAAGGUCUGAGAGAGGAAGACGCUCUACUGGAGAACGGAAGUCAGAGCAUCGACAGUGAUGAUAUUAGCAGCGACCCCAGCCGGGCACCAGACUCCCUUAAAGAGACCUCCUUUUCCAUAGGACUACAGGUUGUCUUCCCAUUCCUGCUGGCAGGUUUUGGCACGGUAGCUGCUGGAAUGGUCUUGGACAUUGUACAGCACUGGAAUGUUUUUAAAGAGGUUACAGAGGUGUUCAUUCUCGUCCCAGCCCUGCUCGGUCUCAAAGGCAAUUUGGAAAUGACCCUGGCUUCCAGACUCUCCACUGCGGCUAACAUCGGGCAGAUGGAUUCAGCUGCAGAGCAAUGGAAGAUGAUCACGGGGAACCUGGCUUUGAUACAGGUCCAGGCGACUGUGGUUGGUUUCCUCGCAUCCGUGGCUGCUGUAGUGUUUGGCUGGAUUCCCGAGGGUCAUUUCCAACUGGAUCAUGCUCUCCUGCUGUGUGCCAGUAGCAUGGCAACAGCAUUUAUAGCUUCCCUCAUAUUGGGGGUAAUCAUGGUCGGUGUAAUUAUUGGCUCCAGGAAGAUCGGCAUAAAUCCAGAUAAUGUUGCCACGCCCAUUGCUGCUAGUCUGGGGGACCUCAUCACCUUGGCACUGCUCUCUGGAAUCAGCUGGGGUCUCUAUAUACAACUGCAAGCGCAUCCGUAUAUCAACCCUCUAGUCUGUGCUUUCUUUGUGGCACUAACCCCUCUCUGGAUCAUCAUAUCAAAGAAGAAUCCAGCCACACGAGAGGUGCUGUACUCUGGCUGGGAGCCUGUAAUUAUCGCAAUGACAAUCAGCAGCGUUGGUGGACUGAUUUUGGAUAAAACAGUAUCUGAUCCAAACUUCGCUGGGAUUGCAGUUUUCACCCCAGUUAUCAACGGUGUUGGCGGAAACCUGGUGGCCGUGCAGGCCAGCAGAAUUUCGACCUACCUCCACCUGUCCGCAGUGCCCGGUGCGGCACCGGGAGGCAUACGUAAGAGCUGCCCGAGCCCCUGCCGGACCUUCUGUAGCUCAGAUUUAAAUUCAAGGUCGUCUCGGGUGUUGUUUCUUCUUGUUGUACCUGGACACUUGGUAUUUUUAUACAUCAUCAAUUCCAUGCAAGGGGGACACACGACACUCACACCAAUAUUUAUCGCAUUCUACAUGAUGGCUGCUCUACUGCAAGUGCUGAUCCUGCUUUACGUCGCUGACUGGAUGAUCCACUGGAUGUGGGGACGGGGCAUGGAUCCCGAUAACUUCUCUAUUCCUUACCUGACAGCACUGGGUGACUUGCUGGGGACAGGCUUCCUUGCACUCAGCUUCCAUAUCCUCUGGUUGAUCGGAGAUCGAGAUACAGAUGUCGGUGAUUAAAAUGAAAGCCUCCUCCUGUCAACCCCCCCCCCAAUGAAAUAGGUGGGGGUGGAGUAGAAUCAGCAAGUGCAAUUCAAUGAAGAUAACUUUUAAUGAAAUUUUACACUAUGGAGACUGUUUCUCGUACAGCCCAUUGCAACAACCAAUGGAUAUACCUAAAUAGACUGCAAAUAGUGCUUUGACCAAGAAAGGUCAUAAAUUAAAUCCCUGCUGUAUUUGUUAAAACUGGAUUCUGCAGCAUGGUAAAGUGGACACUGACUUCAGAACUGGAAGCUGCUAAUUCAAGUUAACAUUGGUUAAUAUUUUUAUCGUGCAAGGAGUUGUAACCGGUUAUUUGGACAUUACGUACAUGCCAGGUUUUUUCUUCCCUGACAUACACAGAACAGUCUUCCCGAGAGAACCUGCUGACAGUUAAAAAUCUGCAAGGGGAUAUUCUGGUGUAACAGGGUGGAAAGUCUAUUUUCCACUUUUUUUUUCCUAAUUCAUGGGACGAUUAUGAAUUCACGAGCAUGAUCAGUGUUGUGCAUUGUGCAAAUUUGCUUCAUCUACAUUGCUAGAUGUGGGGAGAAAGAUCCUCUAUGAUGUAUCAUUUAUAUCUACAUCUACAGAUCUAGAUAUAAAUAUACAGAUAAAUGCCUAUGUCAUUUAUUUUUGUUGCCUCUUAUUUGGUAGGAGCUGCCAGAUUUGAUGUAGGUAACACUUAGAAUCUAUUUCUGACUAUUUUCCAACAUAGGUCUGGUGUCAGAAUGAAGGGACAAACUCCCUCUGAAUACCCGCUCCACUUUUGGAUCUUUCCACUCUCUUUGGAAAUUCACCCAACCCAGCAACAUAGGUGCAGAACGGAACUGGCCCCCCUGCAGGCCAGGACUCGAGUAAGGAAAGCGAGGUCAGCUCAGAACAGUGGCGGCGAAUGCAGUCACCAAAGUGAUUAUUCUUCUUCAGAUCACUUAACACCCCCUCACUGGGCUGGACUCUUGGAUCUUGUCUAGAUGUAGAAUUUUAGGACAAUAUAUUUUAUUCUGGAAGGACUCAACGUUUUGGCAUUAAACCAAAAAGUGCCCUGUAAGAUAUCAACAUUUGCCUGAAGCCAGAGUUGUAGCUAUCAUUGUUAAUGGAAAAUAAUUUUGCUUCGUAGAGCAUAAAACACUACAGCACAGCAUGGGCCCUUCAGCCCACAAUGUUGUGCCAACCUUUUAACAUACUCUAAGAUCAAUCUAACCUUCUCUGCAACGUAGCCUCCAUUUUUCUAUCAUUCAUGUGCCUAACUAAGAGUUUUAUUAAAUGUCCCUAAUGCAUCUACCCACUACCCCGGCAGGGUGUUCCACACAUCCACGGCUCUGUGUGUAUAUAUAAAAAAAAAACAACUUACCUCUGACAACUAUUUUCCUCCCAUCACAGUAAAAUUAUCAUCAUCAUGCCCCAUGUCGUAUGAUGUUGGCGAUCAUGGUCUUUGAUCAUGAUUGUUCUUGGCAAAUUUUUCUACAGAAGUGGUUUGCCAUUGCCUUCUUCUGGACAGUGGCUUUACAAGAUGAGUGACCACAGCCAUUAUCAAUACCCUUCAGAGAUUGUCUGCCUGGCGUCAGUAGUCACAUAAACCAGAGCUUGUGAUAUGCACCAGCUACUCGUGCAACCAUCCACCACCCGCUCCCAUGGUUUCGCGUGACCCUGAUUGGGGGGGGGGGUUCUAAGUAGGUGCUACACCUUGCCCAAGGGGGUGACCUGCACGCUAGCGGAGGGAAGGAGCGCCCUACACCUCCUUUCGUGGAAACGUAUCUCCACCUCACCACCCAAAGUUAUGCCCUCUUAUUUCCACCCUGGGGAAAAGUCUCUGAGUAUCCACUUGAUAACUGUUUCUCACAAGUGCCAGUUUAUGCCAUACUGCUAACACAGAUUAAGUUAGUGUACUACAAAGUUGCGAAGUGACCCUCUGUUUUAACAAAGAUCAUUGGUAAAGCAUCUACAGGCUAUGGCACUACCCGAGCAAACUUGAUUGAAUGUAGUGGUUUCCCCUAGUGAUUUUCACAACACAUUGUCACAUGCACUCACUGUGAGGUGCUUGAUUUUUUUUUUAAAAAGAAAACUUCUUAAACUGUCUAAAUACUGAAAUCAUUCAACUGUAAAAUAGGUAUAUUGGUCGCAAGAUAUUGUAGCACAAACUGACCGGUUACUCAAGACAAACUGAAAUUCUCAGUUUACUGUCCUUGGCUAAUGACUCUGCAUAGUGGUCUGUUGAACCAGUACGGUAAAUGGUUUUUGAUGAAUCUCAGUUGACCAAAAGUGUGUUUCAUCAGAGCCGCUCGAAACUUUUAAACCAUGCAUCUCAGUCUCUGAUAGAAAAUGCACCGUAGACAGAUCAGUCACAGGGAAUCCAGCUGGCAUCCUUUUGUACGCUUCUCUAUAUUGCACUUUUUUUCCUUGCAGCUUCCAAAGAUUAUUGCAAGAGAGUGUUUAGCAUGUGGUGGUGGCCUUGCAUUACUGAAAAUUCAUGGAGUUUCAAACACAGAAAUUCAUCUUUAGUCACCUGUGCUAGGCGGUGGGUACAACACAGUGGUGAGGCAUUGUAAUGCACUUGUGAUGUUCACUUCUGAAUUCAAUAGAGCCGAAUUUCAUGAGCCAAGUACAAUAGGCACCUGGUACUAUUUUGCAGGCACAUCAGAGAGUAGAAUUAGAAUUUCUCCUGUCUUUUUUGCUCAGAGGUUGGUAAAUCUCUGGAAUGCAGGGGGGCUUUGGAGACGGAAACACUGAAGAUAUUCAAAGAAGUUGUGGAUAGGUCUUUCCAAAGAUCAGGGGAUGUAGAUCUAUGAGGACAUGAGACUGGAAUCUGGAGCAUUAGAGUCCAGGUGAAGGAUUUUCAGUCUUGUUCCCUUCCAUAGAUGCUGCCUGACCCACUGCUGUGCGUGAGCAUCUGCCGUGUUGCUUUGGUCUAUGGGCAUCUGCUACAAAUAAGGAGCUGGGAUAGAUCUGCCACAUUCAUACUGAAUGGUGGGGUGAGCUUGAGGAGCUGGCUGGCCCUCUCCCGUUCUUGCAUUCAUUUCUGAAUAGUUAAUCUGGAGAUUUUUGGACAAGAUGGUGGAAUGGUUGGCUCUAUCCUCAAUGUCCCUGGUCCUUUCGGUCAUCAGUAGUUCAUGUAUGAGGGUUGCAACUGCCCUUGGAUCACGAAGGAAGUAAAUGUUUUUUUCCGUUUUUGCUGCUCCUGUCUCAUCUCUGCUGGCUGAUUAUCUUGACCAUCUGGAUCUUAAUCCGAAAGGUUGGUGCCAAAACAUUACUGCAGUUAUGUAUUCUUGGCAUGAAGCGUCGACUGUACUCUUUUCUGUAGAUGCUGCCUGGCCUGCUGAGUUCCUCCAGCACUGUCUGUGUGUGUGUGUGUUGCUCGGAUUUCCAGCCUCUGCAGAUUUUCUUGUUUAUGUAUUGUAGAUGCUGGAAACCUGAAAUCAAAUGGAAAUGUUGGAAAUGCUCAGCAGAUCAGACGGGUUGGCGAGCGAGAGAGAGAGGGAUAUAGAGAGAGCGAUAAUAUUUUAGGUCUAUGACUUUUCAUCAGAAGUGAGAAGGCAAGUGAUUGGGCUCUCAGGAAAAAGUGAAGAGAACAAAAAUCUGUUCAGAUGGAAACUGAGUAAAGUAUUAAAUACAUGCUGUCUGAGACUACUUGUUAAUCAUAGCUUGGAUUAAUCUGACAGAUGUAAAUAGACCUAGGGAUAGAAGAGAAAAAAUGAACAAUGGCGGAAUCGAGAUGCGGAACGCAACAACAAAACAAAAAUAAUGUGGGGAAAUACCCAUCAGGUUGGGCGGCAUCUGUGCAGAGAGGUUAAGCUCAAUAACCCUUGUGUGACCACUCCAAAAUAUUCAAAGUUUUCAAAAUUGGAAACUUUCGCACAAUCACUUCAAACAAUUAAUGAAAUUAUUUUUGUCAUAUCCUUUGCACUUUUAUUUUUUUAAAAAAAGGCAACAACUUCUAUUGAUCUUAAUUGAUUGAUUCUGAGGUGAUUAUAAAUGUUGCUGACAGAUUCACUGGCUUCUUCACAGUGAUGUGUCCAUCCUCAGACAGGUUAACGCAAGCCGUAGAUACUUCUGGGUGUUUGCACUGGGCUCAGAAUGGUGCCUGUCGCUCCUCAAAUUCGAUUCUCCAAGGUUUUUUCAGUCGUACGAUCUUGAAGCAUAGAAGGAGACUGGUCUGCCUACUGUGCCAACCUCCAUAUCCCUCCAAACUCGUCCUCUUCCAAUACUUGUACAGAGACUAUUGAAGUUUCCUGUGGAUUAAUUUAUAAUCACUUUGAUGUGCAGUAUUUGGAUCCUAAACUCCCCUCCUCUUUUACACCCACACCCCAGCCCUGGAUACAGUAAUUACUUUCAAUCUAUACCACACUCGCCAUGCUGCUGAGAGCAUCUUCUGGAUUUAGUUCCUGCUUCCUAUCAUCAUUGUUGGGUUUUCUCAGCUGCGCUCCAUCAGAUGGGUCAUUGAAAUCUAUCUAAUGAUCCACUGUACAUUUCAGUCCAAGAUCCUGUUGGGCCUGGACAGCUCCCUCCUCAAAGCAAUGGUCAAAAUAUACCUAGUGGCCACUUUAUAAGGUACACCUUGGAACCUCUUUUGCUGCUGUAGCCCAUCCACUUCAAGGUUUGACGUGUUGUGUAUUCAGAAAUGCUGUUCUGCACACGUAAUGCAUGGUGAUUUGAGUUGCUGUCAGCUUGAAACAAUCUGGCUAUUUUCCUCUGACCUCUUGCACUAUCAAAGCAAAUUUGCCCACAGAACUGGAUGGUGUUUUUUUUCUUUUGUUUUUUCACACCAUUCUUUGUAAACACUAGAGACUCCUGUGUGUGAGAAUCCCAGGAGAUCAGCAGUUUCUGUGACGCUCAAACCACCCCAUCUGGUACCAACAAUUAUUCCAUGGCCAAAGUCACUUAGACCACAUUUCUUCCCCAUUCUGAUGUUUGGUCUGAACAACAACUGAACCUCUUAGUCAUGUCUGCAUAUGUUUAUGCAUUGAGUUGCUGCCCUGUGAUUGGCUGAUUAUAUAUUUGCAUUAAGCAGGUGUACCCUUAUAAAGUGGCUGCUGAGUGUAGUUUCUGCUUCUGUUCAUCAUUGUUGGAAGUUGCCGGCUGAUUCAUUCAGCUGUACUCCGUUAUGUUGGCCUUUGAAAUCAAUCUUAUGAUCCCUGUGUAUAUAUUAGUCCUAGAUCCUAUUUGACCUGGACAGCUCCUUAAAUGGUUAAAAUGCAUUAAAUCAUAAUAACAGUUGGUUUCUCAUUUUCGGAACAGAUUUAUUAUUGCUGAAAUUUGCACAUGUCACAUAUCUUUUUAAAAAGUUACAAAAAAAAAAUCACAGCAAUAGCAUCUCCUUCCCCAAAGAGCACUGCAACUGUCUAUAAUGAGAAAGGAGUGACCUGUAACAGUGUAUAAAUAUUUUGAUAACUGUUAAUGAAUUUAUUAAAUAAUUGAAUCUGUAUAUUAAAUGCAUAUUCUAGAUCAAAUGAUUUUAUGAAGGGUUUAAUUAUUUUAUUUUGCAAGACCAGAAUAUAUUUUAGAAUUGUUUGGGGCCAUUUUCUCUCCUUGGCCUUUUGACUGCUGUAUUAUGGGAGAAAAUGGCCAACUUAACUCUGUGAAACCCCUGGUCAUUGGUGGUGACUUUUCAGCCCAAGAUGAAGAAAAUCAGGACAACUCCAUAGUACUUGCCUUCUAUCUCCCCCCCCCCCCCGCCCCCAACCAGGUCAAAAAUCUUCAAAAAUAAUGAAUCAGUGCAAUUGUGGAGCAGGUUGAAGAUUAACUCUCCUCAAGUUAUCAGUAUUUAACUGAACAGUUAUAGGGGUUUUUUGUGCACUUGCUAUUUUUAUCGUGGAACGUGAUCGAAAAUGCAAAACAAAAGUGCAUCCUAACAAUAUUGUAUUAUGACCAGAUGUGUUCUAUUCUAACUUCAUUCUUGUACUGUGAAUGGAAAUUUGUCCAGAUCCAAACCUGAUGUACUCUGUCUUCUGACCCAGUUUCCUGCAGAGUAUGUCUAAAAUGAAUAUUUAUAUUCUAAAUUGCCAAGAUGUUGUGAACAUCCUGGGGAGUCUGUAUUUGCUAAAAUAAAAUGUCAUACAAUGACCAA